AUGGCGCCAGCGAGCUGCACGGAGGUGAUGACGAUGCAGCCGGUUGUGCGUCGAUGUUCGGCGACAAGAAGCGUGGCCCCCAGCUUGAAGGAGGCCCUGCGGCAAGGAGCGAGCAGUGAGGUCUUGGUCACCGCGCUCCAGGAGGAGAACUACAGGCUACGAUUUCGUGAGCUGCAGCGGCGGCGCAGCCUCUGCCUCCGACGACUCUGCCACGGAGCUUUCGCGGCCUGGUCGUCGCACUGCGCCGCGCAGAGAGAGGCCGAGGCAAGAGCUGCGCAGCGAGAGCAGCUGCUGGAGAAAGCAGUAAGUUUUUUGGCGCACCUGAGAUCGCCAAGUGGUGAGGCGCGGGCGAAGGUCGCUUUCGAGCGCUGGCGGCAGCUGGUACCCGAGCUGAGGGCACUGCGAUGCCUUCUGGAGGAGCUUGCUGAACACCGGCAAGGCCGCUCCAGGCUCCUCCACCAGUAUCGACACCUGGAGGCCCAAUUGCUUCAGUCCCAGGCCUGCCUCAAGGCCCUGGCCGCUGGAGAGAAGCUGACCGAGGUGCUUGAGCUUCCCUCUGGGCUCGCAGAGGAUCUGAAAUGUACAAAGGAGGGCCCUGCGAUGCUUUAG